AUGCCAGACUGUGACCACCGUGACAACUUUGCUGGCCUGAUCCUUGGCAAGCCUGCCUACGACAUGAGGAGUCGACACAAAAGCGGAGUGGACGAGACCCUGCGUUUGUCGAGCAAUACUGCAUACGGAGCAAUUACGGCAUACUUUAUGCACUCCACGCUGGGUCGGUGGCUCGGCCCUUACCAGAGGAGGCAGGACGCAGCUACUUACUGGGGCAUGAAGCCCCUGUAA